AGCAACUGCUUUGCGUGUAAUUACAGAAAUAUGAUCGGAAAAUGGACCAGGUGUGAAGGAUCGGUUUUCUGUGUAAGGUGCGUCUAUCGAAUUCGUUGAGCGCAACAAGACAUCGCAACGGCGUUCAUUGCGCAUGUACUGUUUUCCUCCACCAACUACUAACGCACGAGACAACAAUCGCCAAAAUAAAUCAGCCGUCCCGGUGAUAAAAACGUGUGUAUUAUCAAGAGCGUGGAAUUACAAAACCGCCUGUUUCAUGCUUUACUCCGACAUCGAGCUGAUAGGAAAAUUAGUAGCUUUAAGUUGGGUGAGCUCAUGGAGGAUAAGGUGAGCAACCCUGCCGAUGAUUCUGUUGAAAUGGGUCAUUAUGUAUCGAACUGGGACCUUUGCCCUGUGCAGGCAUAGCGCUUUUGUUAAGAGAAUGGUUUAAAUGUCUACUUGACGACAAACAAAUUACAAUCAAAUUAUUGGUACCUGUAAAUCAGCAUUUCCCAUCUGAUCAUUUACCCGAGGCAAGAUGCUAGCUAACAUUAGCUUGUUAACAUGCUAAUUAUCAACAGAUAACCAACUUCCGAUUUGGAUCGAUCAGUGUGGUCAACGUCAGCUAACGUUAGAUCAUUCCAACUAACGUUAGCUAACGCUGAUGGCAUGUAAGAUUUCUGUUUUAGAUGUGAAAUGUAACGCUGACAUAACGUUACCUAGUUCAUACGAAUACUGUUAGCUACUCCACAGUCAUUGGCUUGAAGGGUGAGUGGACUUAGCUGUCCUAGCUAACGCUAGCUAGGUGGUGACAUCUGUAGCCUACUGUUAGUAGGCUAGUUAGCUAGCGAGCUAACAUUACUCAACGAUAUGACGGCCGCAGUACCAAGUGUAUUCUGGGGAAUUCUAACGUUGCUUUAGAAGAUAUAAAGGCAACUGCCACACAAGACCACACAGCUUGGACGCCUAUCGUGUUGUUGUUGUACUGUCACGGUGGCCCGGUGGUCCAACACCUUCCACUGCUUUCAUGUGAGAAGAGGGCCGUGGGGAGACUCAUCGCUGGCAACUCCUGAAUUGCGCACGGAUAAAGUUGGCUUGCUAGCUAACUAAAGCCAUGCAAGCGGCACAGCUACAGUACGACUUUUUCAGCGAGGACAACGCACCGAAAUGGCGGGGGCUGCUGGUACCUUCUUUAAACAAGGUCCUGAGCCAGGUACACCCUAAGCUGUCAUCCCAAGAGGAGGCUCUGCAGUACAUUGAGGAGUUGAUCCUGUUACUUCUAAACAUGCUCUGUCAGGCACAGCCACGCACUGUGCAGGAUGUGGCAGAACGUGUACAGAAGAGUUUUCCCCACCCCAUAGAUAAAUGGGCUAUUGCUGAUGCCCAGGCUGCCAUUGAGAAGAGGAAGAGGAGAAAUCCUCUUGCCUUACCAGUGGAUAAAAUCCACCCUUUACUCAAGGAGGUACUUGGUUAUAAAAUAGACCAUCAGGUGUCUGUGUACAUCGUAGCUGUGCUUGAGUACAUCUCUGCUGAUAUCCUGAAACUAGCUGGGAACUAUGUACGCAACAUUCGUCACUAUGAGAUCUCCCAGCAGGACAUCACUGUGGCCAUGUGUGCAGACAAGGUGCUGAUGGAUAUGUUCCACCAAGACGAAGAGGACAUUAGUGUCUUCCCCCUGAUAGAUGAAGAGCCGUCAUCAUCCGAAGAGCAGACUUACUAUGACCUGGUCAAAGCUUUCAUGGCAGAAGUUCGUCAGUACCUUCGUGACCUCAAUCUCAUCAUUAAGGUGUUCCGCGAGCCCUUCGCAUCCAACACCAUGCUUUUCUCACUCCAUGAUGUGGAGAACAUUUUCAGUCGUAUUGUGGAUAUCCAUGAGGUUACUGUGAAGCUGUUGGGGUUGAUAGAGGACACAGUUGAAAUGACCGAUGAGGGUAGCCCACACCCUCUGGUGGGCAGCUGCUUUGAGGACCUCGCUGAGGAGCUGGCUUUUGACCCCUACGAGUCUUUUGCUCAGGACAUCCUGCGGAGUGGCUUCCAUGAUCACUUCCUGAGCCAGCUCUCUAAGCCUGGGGCUGCAUUUUACCUUCAGUCUAUCUGUGAAGGCUUUAAGGAAGCUGUCCAGUACGUCCUACCUCGCUUGCUGCUAACCCCUGUGUACCAUUGCCUCCAUCACUUUGAGAUCUUAAAGCAACUGGAGGAGAAAAGUGAGGAUGAGGAGGAUAAAGAGUGUCUGAAGCAGGCCAUCACUGCAUUGCUGAAUCUCCAGAGCAGCAUGGAGAGGAUCUGUUCCAAAAGCCUCGCUAAAAGAAGGCUGAGCGAAUCGGCCUGCCGCUUCUACAGCCAGCAGAUGAAGGGCAAGCACCUGGCCAUCAAGAAAAUGAACGAAAUCCAGAAGAACAUCGAUGGCUGGGAAGGCAAAGACAUUGGUCAGUGCUGCAAUGAGUUCAUCAUGGAGGGAGCUUUGACGCGGGUGGGUGCCAAACACGAGCGUCACAUUUUCCUGUUUGAUGGCCUAAUGAUCUGCUGUAAAUCCAACCAUGGACAGCCGCGGCUUCCAGGUGCUAGCACUGCUGAAUAUCGCCUCAAAGAGAAGUUCUUCAUGCGCAAGGUGCAGAUCAAUGACAAGGAUGACAAGGAGGGCGAGUACCGCCACGCCUUUGAAAUCAUCUUGAAGGAUGGCAACAGUGUAGUUUUCGCCGCUAAGUCAGCUGAGGAGAAGAAUGGCUGGAUGGCGGCUCUAAUCUCACUGCAGUAUCGUUCCACAUUGGAACGCAUGCUGGACUCUGCAAUGAUGCAGGAGGAGAAGGAGGAGCAGAUGCGCUUGCCUGGGGCUGAGGUAUACCGCUUUGCUGAGCCAGACUCAGAGGAGAAUCUGGUGUUUGAGGAAAAUGUGCAGGCCAAGUCGGGCAUCCCCAUCAUCAAGGCUGGCACAGUGCUGAAACUCAUUGAAAGACUCACCUUCCACAUGUAUGCAGACCCCAAUUUUGUGAGGACCUUCCUGACAACAUACAGGUCAUUCUGCAAACCACAGGAGCUACUUGAUCUGCUAAUAGAGAGGUUUGACAUCCCUGAGCCAAAGCCCACUGAGGCAGAUCAGAUGGCCUUAGAGAAUGGAGACCAGCCCCUGAGUGCAGAACUGAAACGAUUCCGCAAGGAGUUUGUUCAGCCUGUACAACUGAGGGUUCUGAAUGUAUGUAGGCACUGGGUGGAACACCACUUCUAUGACUUUGAGAGGGAUCCUCAGCUACUUCGACGCCUAGAGGAGUUUAUUGGCACAGUUCGAGGGAAGGCAAUGAGGAAAUGGGUAGAAUCCAUUACUAAGAUCAUCCAGCGAAAGAAGCAGGUUCAGGCUAAUGGGCCAAGCCACAACAUCACCUUUGAGAGUCCACCUCCUCCCAUUGAGUGGCACAUCAGUAAGCCUGGCCAGAUUGAUCAGUUUGACCUCAUGACUCUACACCCCAUUGAGAUUGCUCGACAACUCACUCUCCUGGAGUCUGACUUCUAUAGGUCGGUCCAACCGUCAGAGCUGGUGGGCAGUGUGUGGACCAAAGAGGACAAAGAGUUGAACUCACCUAACCUACUUCGCAUGAUCCGUCACACCACCAAUCUCACACUCUGGUUUGAAAAGUGUAUAGUGGAGACGGAGAACUUGGAAGAGCGUGCACUAGUAGUGGCACGCAUUAUUGAAAUUCUGCAGGUUUUCCAAGAACUCAAUAACUUCAACGGUGUACUGGAGGUGGUCAGCGCCAUGAACUCCUCCCCAGUCUACCGACUGGACCACACAUUUGAGCAAAUCCCAAGUAGGCAACGGAAGAUUCUGGAGGAGGCCCAUGAGCUGAGUGAAGAUCAUUACAAGAAGUACCUUGCCAAACUGCGGUCAAUCAACCCACCCUGUGUGCCCUUUUUUGGGAUCUAUCUGACGAACAUCCUGAAAACAGAGGAGGGUAAUCCUGAUUUCCUAAAAAGACAUGGAAAGGAGCUGAUCAACUUUAGCAAGCGAAGGAAAGUUGCAGAAAUCACAGGAGAAAUCCAACAGUAUCAGAACCAGCCCUACUGUCUUCGUGUGGAGAAUGAUAUACGGAAAUUCUUUGAAAACCUCAAUCCCAUGGAGGAUAAAAUGGAGAAAGAAUUUACAGACUAUCUUUUUAACAAAUCUCUGGAGAUUGAGCCUCGCAAUGCCCGUACUCUGCCACGAUUUCCAAAGAAGUACAACUGCCCACUGAAGUCCCCUGGUACACGGGUUACCUCAGUUCGGCCAGGGACCAUGCGCCAUCCCACCCCCCUACAGAAUGAGCCACGCAAGAUCAGCUACAGUCGCAUACCUGACAGCGAGAUGGAGGGUGCUGCCUCCGCGCCCAACUCCCCCCGCACACCACUCACACCGCCACCUGCCUCAGCUGCCUCAAGCAGUACCGACAUCUGCAGUGUAUUUGACUCACCACAAGGACCCUCAAGCCCCUUCCAUUCCAACUGCGACAGCAUCUUUGCCCCGGUCUCUCUCCCCCACGGCCCACGAUCAUCGUCCGUUUCCUCCAUGGUGUAUAGGAGUACAGAAGAUGCUCCAGUGCCACCACCCGUUCCCCCUCGCAGACGUCCCGAGUCAGCUCCUGCCGAAUCAUCUCCCUCAAAGAUGAUGUCAAAGCACUUGGACAGUCCUCCAGCUGUUCCCCCCCGGCAGCCUACCACUAAGGUGUAUUCUCCACGUUAUUCUCUGCCAGAACGCACCUCUGUUUCAGAUGCUCCAGACAGCCCACCUACGCUGCCCCCAAGGGAGCCGGUCAGAACGCCGGACGUCUUCUCUAGCUCCCCAUUGCAUUUGCAGCCGCCACCUCAGGGCCGCCGGGCAGGACCCGACGUGGGCCAAACCUUUUUCCCCCCUAAUUCCCCCUUCAGUCCUCUACCCCCUCAGACGCCAUCGCCGCUAGGACCCCGCAAACAACUGGCCUCCACCCAACUAGACUAUGAAGCUGUAACAGGCCCCCCAGGACCACCAAUUCCUCCCAGGCAGAGCACCGCUCAGACCAUCCCCAAACUACCCCCCAAAACCUAUAAAAGGGACCCAGCCCACUCUUCAUUGCAACGGGAUGGCCUCCCUUUACUGGAGAAUGUCAACCCCUCUUAGAUUCUGGAGACCUUUGAGGGGUAGGAAGAAAAGUAACACUAAAGACCACCAGUCUCCAUAACCCAUGACAUGUAAGACAUUAAAACAGAGUGGGAUUUUGCCUUACAAACAAGACUUAAAUGCCAGAUCACACAACCUUUGAGCAGUUAUGAUUGUCUUUUUCACACUGCAGACCAUUAGAAAUUGCUCUCCACCACAUCCAUGGGAAUAGUGUGUAUUUUUAUUGUUCAUAAUGUACUUGAGUGAUUUUUUUUUUUUUUUUUAUGUGGCUUGAUUUCAGCAACACCAUCCUCCCCAACAGCUAGCACAAGCACGUUCUGCGAAAGAAGCAAAUUCUGAAAAAUAUAUUACCAGGUUGCACCAACACUUCUGAGAAGCAAGGAACAAAAUGAAUGUCCCUACAUAUAUAAAACAACAAAAAUAAUCAAGUGGAUGCACAAUAAAAUGGUGACCAUAGAAAAACAGUCAGUAUUGGACACUGGUGAUCACUGACCAAGUUCACUCUGUGAGCCAUCAUUACACCAAAAGAAAAAAGGGACUGGGAAUCUAGUGGUAUUCUAGGCUUCACAGGUUCAUUCCAGUUCUAGACUAGCAGUUCUGUUCCUGUGCAGUACCACAGUUUAAGGUACCCUUUCACAUCAAAGAGGUACUUAUGAAACAGUGAAGGAUUUUUGUAAUAACCUUUGUUUCUCAACAAUAAUUUGCUCUGCCCACAGGUAUGUACAACAGAUUGCUUCUUUAAACAAGGGAAUAAAAGUUUAUUUCAAUCA